UUUCCAUAACAAAAUCAGAUCUAGACAACACAAGAAGAAAAAUUCAGAUCAAAACAUCACAAGAAUAGUAGAGAGAAUCUAUAAAAAAAUUGUCAUGAGUAGCCUUCACUUCUCAGCGACCUGUUGCUUUGCCUGUUGGUCCCGCAGUGCAUUGAGAGAGGAAAUCCCCACCGUUUGGGAGAGCUCGACGCUGCUUGCCGUUGCCGUCUCCCACAUUUGACGCGCCGCCGCAAAGCCCUCGCGACUAAACGACGGCGUUAACCCGAUCGGGUGCGUCCAAUGGCGGUGUGCACGGAGCUGAACCAGCUGCAGCACAUCGAGCCCUCCCGCUUCAUAUCCUUCUCCUUCCCCAACCCUCUCCUCCACGACGCCUCCAACCCUUACGCCGACGCCGACGCCGACGCCAGCGACCACGCGGAGCUCCUCCGGGUGGCCGUUCUCGACUCUCCUGCCGCCGCGACGCCAUCCCCGCCCGCCCCGCGGACGGCGGGGAUGCUCGUCCCGGCCGGCCGGCACCGCGACUGGAUCUUCUCCACCCGCGCCGGGCAGCUCCACCUCCUCCUUUCCUCCAGAUCCCAGUGGACAUUCUCUCGUCUUAUACUCGUCGGCCCUGAGCUCUCCACACCGUCCCCUCGGGUCGUUUCCUGCGCCGCCGCUCGCCCGGACCCGGAUCCUGCUCGCGCGCGGCUUCUCCCCCUCUUCCUGGCCCUCUGCCCCAGGGCUGCGUUUGGCAACGGUGCCAUCCCUUACGUCCCGCUGCUCUCCUUCCACGAUGAACUCCUUCGGCUUGUUUCUGUCCAGGUUGUCGCCGGUCCUGUCGUCGGCGAGAUGCUUGUCGAGGAUGUGGCCGUGGACUGCGCUCCUGGCCCGGCCGAGUUGCGCCGGAGGCUGCGUUUCAAGCGCAUGCCGUGCCUUGUACAGACCCAGGUGCGCCUUGCCCGGCCAAUGUCUGCUGCUGCUGCUGCUUCUUCGUCGUUGGAGGCAUUGGAGGAGGCGCCUGCUAGCUCGUUACAGCCCGAGGUGGGUGGACCACUAGUCCAGCCUUACCUCCAGGCCAUGGUUGCCGGCCUUGCACUCAUCGGCUCGUCUGUGGAGGAGCAAGCUCGGUCAGCUGCAAGGCCGAGGUGCCUUUGUGCUGGCAUUGGUGGUGGAGCUCUUCCAAUGUCCAUCAGGAUGGGACUUGGCUUCGAUGUAUUGGGCGUCGAGGCUGAUUGUGUUGUCCUAGACGUCGCGAGGAACUAUUUUGGACUGGUGGAGGAUGAGUUCCUUCAUGUUCGUGUUGGCGAUGCUAUUCAAAUGAUUCAGGCUUUUGCACAUCCAGAUGAGCCUGAUUCGAAAUUCAGUGCAGUUAUGGUGGAUCUUGACUCUCCUGAUGCUAUGUGUGGUGUCAGUGCGCCGCCAUUGGAGAUGACCCAUAGAAGCACCUUUCUUGCUGCGCGCAGAAUUCUAGAUGAUAAUGGAGUGCUGGUACUGAAUGUAAUCCCUCCUGCUGCUGAUGCAUCCUUCUACAAAGGGCUGAUUGAUGUUCUUCACCAGGUUUUCUUUGAGUUAUAUGAAAUAGAUGUUGGUAAUGGUGAAAAUUUUGUUCUUGUUGCCAGAGUGUCACCGACUAAAAGCACCAUUCUUGAUAGUUCAAGGCUCUUUCAGACGGAAUUGAGGAAAUUAACUGGAGAUUUUUUGGAACGUAUAAAAAAAGUUGAAAUUCCAAGUUACUCUCUCUGUUUGAAGUCAUGACCUACAGAGAGGCUGUUACAGACUUAUAUUUGGAUCUGAUAUGUAGUGCUAAGGUAAAAAAAAAUGAGACCAACCCAAGGGCUAACCCUCGUUGGCUUUUAUUUGGCUAUAUUAGAAUUUUGACAGUACUAUUCUGUUACCCAAUCAAGAAAGCCUGUUUGAGCAUUACUGCAGAACUGUUGGGUCUGCUUUUGUUAUUUUGCUACCAUGCAAACUGAGAAUUGCUCCUGUACUUCAGAAGUUCAGAUCAUAUCUAAGUGAGCAAUACCUGAACUUCAUAUUGUCUUCCGAGCUGAAUAAUUUAGGAGCGACAAUUUUUUGAAAAUCGAUAAUGGAAAGUGCCGGGUAAAGAACUCUGGCAAGUUCCCUUCAAUCCAGGAGCUGUGGAAUACUAAUGUUUUUGGAAGUUCACAACCAGUUAAUGGUUAAUGACACAUGUUGACAAGCUUAGGCAGCGAUUCAGGGUGCAACAAGAUCAACCAAGUUACAUGAGAUGCCCUUUAUCCUUCAUCAAAUGAUAGGUGCAUAUGUUCAUGAAGAUUGUUUUGUCCUGCCAACCACUGUACGGCAGUAAAGUGUUUGUCAUGACACUAGUAGAUAUAAUUCCAAAAUUAUUUCUGUGCCAGAAUUAUAUUUUUAGCCAUUUGAAACUUCGUUUUUCUUUAUGUUCCGACGAGCAGUAAUUAUGUUUUACUAUCAAGAAGAAUUAUGGUGUAGUGAUUUAGCUCAAAGUGGAAUGCAUCAAAUGACACCACUACUUAAUUGCAUAUUCAGCUGUUUCAAA